UUUUUUUAACAAUUUUGUGUUUAUUGAUUUUAAUCGGAAACAAUAAACGUUAUAUUCUUUAUCAAUUCAUUUUCAACUUAUCUCUAACAACUUCCACGAUAUCAUACAUUGUUAACAAAGUUUUCUAUUAGAUAAAUUAUUCAUUUUAUCAUAUUUUAAUUGUCACUAAAUUCACGAAUCGUAAAUGACGGACAAGUAAAAGGUAUGUUCGUGAUUGGCUGGAUAUUUUCAUUGGCUGAGUACUCGACUUUUGUCAUGUGAUCAUUCCCUAUUUAUGUUAAUAUCAGUGAUAUUGUCUCGAAAUCUUGUGGCAAAACAAUAACAAACUGUGUUUUACGAUUGGAUCGUAUGAAUUUUUGGUGCGUAGCUGAACAGAGUGGUGAAGAAGUUGAUUCCAACGUUUAUCCUUCCUUCUCGACAUAUUCUAUUUAACACGUGCGAAGAAAAUCGAAUUUGUCAAAACAUUAACUUGGGAAAAUUUCACGAGACAAUGUCCUCGUCCAGGAAGAAUAUUUGCUGACGAAUGUCAUGGUUAUUUCAUCAGAGGGUAUUCGAUGUACCAUGUAAGCGUGCAGAUUUCGAUCAUCAAUCUAUAAUACCACGAAUAUGCAAAUGGAUGAACCAUCGUUUUAAAUUUCACAAUUAGCUUUAACUUGAACUGUUUAUUGAAUACCGUGAGCGUGUUACAUAUAUUGGCUUUCAUUUUCAUUUAAAGAUUGUGUAUUUUGUAAUUAUUUUAAAAUUUAGAAUACAAAAUUUGACUAGACAUAGUAAUUGACUUACCAAAAGAAAGAAAAAAAAAAAUACUGUUGGAGAAUCUGGAUAUUCUGAGAUAUUUGUGGAAACUAAAAUUAGCCCGAUGGAUGGAAUAAUAAAGCAAGAACCAACUCAAGAAAUGGCCCAAUCAGCGUCGGUACCAAUACCAGGAGGGCAUAGAAACAUUAGAGGCGUAUACGAUCAGUUUUCUCCGUCUCCUUUAGCUUCAGUAUGGCCAAACAAAGCGGAUCACUUAGAGUCUCCAUUUAAGAUGGAUUCUGAUGAAAUAGAUGAUUUUUUUAAGACCGAAAGAUGGGAGGAUGAUGACAUCCUUCAAGUAGAUAAAGCUGACCUUAUUCAAGGUCCUACAUUGGCCGAAUUAAAUGCCAAUGACGAUACACUCCUUGGUGAUUUAAAUUUUGACGAUUUACUCUUACCAGAAGAGAGGGUACAACCGUUUAAAAUAGAUGUUAAUGUAGCUCAACCAGUUGGACCAUUAUUUAAUGAUAAUAGUGCUUUUGCUCCAAGUAGUUUUCCACAGUCUGGAUCAGCGUACCGUAAUGCCUGUCCAACAUAUAUAAAUACCCAUGGAUUCAAUCUGAACAUAAACAUCAAUGUUGCUGAUAAUUUGGAAACAGUUAGCCCCAAUACUUACCCGAGUCCAGGAACUAGCAAUGUUGCAGGUAGUUCAACGGCAAGUUCUUCGACAUCCCCGCAUCCUAUGAACAGGCCUAACGGACAAUCUGCUCUUCACGAAUUGUUAAUGAAACGAUGUGAAAAUUCGUUUGACAAUUCACAAUGUGGACAAAUAGACAUUGGGUGUCCAAACAAUAAAUCUAAAGUUUCUAGACUUUCAAUGUCCGCACCGACCAGAACAAUGGGACUGGAACAGAUAUGGGCUCGUAGAGAACCGAGGCCACAUUUAUUAAGUACCGGUAGUCUUGGAGUUGUUGAAGCAGGUUCAACGAGUAGUUUAAGCACCGGGGGUGCGCUUAGUCCUGAUCCGCUUUAUCAUACUGAUCAUCUUAGUCAUGAUGAGGGUUAUGACGACAGUGAUGAAGAUAGUGAUCAUUACGACGAUUACAGCAGUGAUAAUGAUACAGGUGGCAGUGAUGGUGAAGACCAAAACAGUAGUAACAGAGUAGGAAGUGUCGAUUCAAUCCGAGAUGGUAAACAUAGCAAAAAGGAACGAUAUUUUUGGCAAUAUAAUGUUCAAGCAAAAGGACCAAAAGGACAAAGGCUUGUUGCCAGAACGCGUCUUGAAGAUCCGCAUGUCUUAAACGAGGCGACAGAUCCCGUUUUCAGUCCCCAUUGUGCACUGCGUGGAAUCAAACAUAGUGGAAAGGCACGAAAAGGAGAUGGAAAUGACCUUACACCGAAUCCACGCAAAUUGUAUAGUAUUGGUCGUGAAUUGGACAAACUGUCUCGCAUCAUCAAUGACAUGACACCCGUUUCGGAAUUACCGUUUACAGCAAGGCCUAAAACACGCAAAGAAAAGAAUAAACUUGCUUCUCGAGCUUGUCGGUUAAAGAAAAAAGCUCAACACGAAGCGAACAAAAUAAAAUUACAUGGCCUUGAACAAGAGCACAGAAGAUUAAUUCAUGGUAUUUCUCAGGCUAAACAAACACUUGCUGCAAAAUUAACGGAACCUAAUCCUGAAAAUCAAGAGGAAUUAACUCGUCAGAUGGAAAAAUGUUUUAAAUUAGCCACGAAAAUAAGAAUAGCAAAUCACUCCACUGAAUUUGUCAACAGAGUAUUGGACAAAGUACGAGCCGGUGUUCCCGAUGGUGGUAUCGAUGAUUUUUAAUAUGCCAGAGUUUUUGCUAUAAAUAUUCAUACAUGCGCAUAGAAAAAUGCGAGGAAGAAGCGGUGUAUUUACACGAUAUUAUGUUUAUCAUAAAUCAUGAACAGAAUAUUUUAUAUGGAGAUCGGGAACCAAGAAUAUGAAAUAGAAAAGAAAAACACACUAUUUAAGUAUGUUUAGAGCAUUUGAAAAUAAUUAACAGUACACAGAAAUAAUUAAUAGUAUCAGUACUAUGCAAUCUUAUAGUUCAUUACAAAUUUCAAUAGUUUGUAAUACCAAAUAUAAACUACUUAUUUUUAUAUGUACAUUAGAAAUUUUUGGUUCUCGAUUUCAUCUGUGAUAUUUCUAUUGAUUUAAUUAUUAAUUAGUUUUUAGUAGAACUCGUACAGUUCAUGCCAAAAAGAGAUAAAAGGUUUUAAAUCUUUGAUGCACUAAUUGCAUUCAGCUAUAACGAAACGUAUCAUCGAUUCUCUCUCGCUAAAGCGCUGCAUUCCUAUUUCUUAUUCUCCCUUUUUCUUUUUCUUUAUCUUAUGUAUAUAACCUGUGUGAAAGUGUAUGCGUCGAUGUGCGCUUGUUGUACGUAUAUGUGUGUGUAUAUGUACAUAAGAUAAAAAAUAUACUGCAUACCAGAGGAUUGUUUCAUGCAACAACAGAAGAGGUAACUAACAGAAUAACAUCUAUUUGAAAAACUAAUACAGUUUGAUGAAAAUUUUAAAUUGGUAUCUUUCAGUUAACAAAUAUAGUGCACAUCUUUGUCAAUUUGUGUUUUUUUUUUAACAUUUACGAAUUUGUAUGCAUUAUAUAUUUUUACUUAUAUACAUACAUAUACAUACGUGAGUUAUCUUGUAUAUAAAAUUUUUCUUUUUUUUAUAAUACAUGUCAUAUUUGUUAUGUUCGUAAUGAAAGUUAUAAUAUUGUGCGUAUAUGAAAAAGUACUAUUUAACGCAGUUUCUUGUUAAUAAUUAACAUUUAAUAUUGGCUAUCAAGAAGACUUUUUUAAUUUUCUUUUUCUAUUUUUAUUUAAAGACUACCAAGAUAUUGUUUCAAAUUGUUAUUGAUCAAGAUGCAAUAUACGAGUGAUAAAAUUGGUUAAUGAAAAAAGUCUUUGGAAAGAAAUUUUAUUUUUAAAAAGUUAUUUACUUUAAGUUAUUUGUAAAUAUCAUUUGAAGCGCAUAUAUAGUUAGUUUCUUAUCAGAUUUAGACACUUUUUUACGUGUCACACGUAGUAUAACUUAUAAAAUACAAGGAGAUCGCUUAUUAUUUAUGUCAAGCUUCCAUAAUAUUUUAUAUGAAUACCGUAUAUAUAUUCGAUUAAAUUUACUUAAUAUGAUGUUUUUUCAUAGCUUUUGAUAACUUGUGUAUGUGAUUAUUAUAUGAUGUACAGCAUAUACUGUAAAAGAUCAUUACUAUAUCGUUUAAA